AUCUGAGUGGCCGCUUUAGUUAUAAGUUACACGUUUUAAAUUUUCACAUGCGACUGGUUCGAACUCAUAUCUCAGGGGCGCUAUAUACAACUCUCACGGUUUGAGCCAACGAUGGCAACUUGCGCAGGAGUGAAGGCUCUACUUAGCUGGGUCAACAGCUUAAAACUCGUAGACCGAGAUGUAAACGCUGACGAUUUGCAAAGUGGGUCAGUGUUGCUUCAAAUUGUUCACAUAAUCAAAAAGACACCCAGCCCUCACAUUGGUUUGUCUGUGGAGGAGCGGUUCAACCUUAUUUCAGACUUUUUGGAGAGAGAAUGCAGAUUAAAACAAUUCACUGGAACCUCACUGUCUUGGGACAAAAUAAGAGAUGGCCGCAAUCUAAUAAUGGAAAUUUCAAAGGUUCUUUUAUUGCUGGUUUAUCAUGACAUGAUGAACAACAGGUGUUGUCUGAAGAGUUUAGACUUUGAGGUCGAGCAAGAGAUUGCAAGACUUACAAGUUCGUUUGUUAUGGAGGCAGAGGGUUGCGUGUAUCUCAGCAGCGAACUUGAUGCUUAUUUGAGCCAAAGUAGUUUGGGCGCUGACGUGGUAAUACUUGAUGAAAUUGAUACUCCAUCUUUGUCCAGUGUUUCCACCCUUUCGUCACUCUCAGAAGAGUCACCCAUGUUCACCCGCGCACGAAAAAUCGAUUUUGUGGAUCUGCACACUGUGGCCUCUUCCUCUACCAGCAAGUCUCCUCUUCAAGACAUCAUGAAUACUCCGAAAUUUCAGUUACGGAAGAUGAAACGCGAGAUGAUUAAGGAACGAGAUUUAAGAGAUUCACUGGAGAGGGAGCUGAAUAGCAAUAUUGCAUUGAUCAAGCAAAGAGAAUCAUUUAUCAACCACCUGCAAUAUCAUCUGGACAAACUAAAAGAAAAGCACAGUGAUCUGGAGAAGCUAAGAAGCGAACAAAUUGAGGAGAUGGAGAUCAAAACCAGCGCAUUACAGCUGCGGCUCAACGACAUGUCACUGGAAAAUAAAGAUUUUAGAAAUACCACCUCCCUUAUGGAGCGAAAAGUGGAUCAGCUGACAGAUGAAAAUGGUUCACUGUCUUUCCAGUUGAGAACGGUGUGCUCUCAGCUGGCUGCCUUUGAAGCUGAAAUUGGUCGGUUAACAGCCGCUCAGGAAUCUGCUCAGGGGGAGUGGGAAACCAAAAUAAAUCACCUACAGUCUGAGCUCGAAAGAACCACAUCUGAAAAGGAGAUCCUCUCUGAACAAAUUCAGAUUUUGCAGGGGAAGAUUUCACACUUGGAGGAUGAAGUAAGUCGAGCAUCUAAGGAAGAAGUGGGAGAAAGCAUGUGGACUGUGGCAGAGAAAAUAAUGGAGAAUGAAAUCAGCUCCUUGCGUGAAGAGCUUGAGAACACGAUGGACUCCUUGAAGAAGGCAGAGAUGGAGGUUGAGGCAAAAACUCUACAGCUAACUGGGCGUGAACUAGAAAUAUGCAAACUGCAGCAGGAGAUUGAUGAGGAGAGAGCUUCCCUUCACCAAGAGCUUCAGCAUUUAAAAGUUAAAGUGGAGGAAGUUGAGCAACGGAGAAACGAGCAAACAUCCAAGCUGCAAGAACAGAUGGAAGCCUGUGAGCGUGAGGUUGAAAUCUUGAAGCAAAUCAAGACAGAGAAGGAGCAGCAGCUGAGCCUGGCAGAUGCAAAGGUCAAGGAUGUUGAGGCAAAGUUAUCUGCAGCCAUUUCUGAUUUAAAUUAUAAAGAGCAACAAAUUAACACUCUGAAGGAAGAAGUUGAAGUUUACACAGUGCAAACCAGGAAAUUAAUGGAUGAAAGUCAAAUUAAAGAGCAAAUAAUAGCAGAGUUGCGUCUGGAAAAGUCGACUGAGCUGGAGAUUCUUCAGUGCAACAUGAAGACUGUUACCACUCAGGUUGAAGACCUUAGCCUUGAGCUCAUUCAAGCGCAGCAGGAAAUUCAGUGCAAGCAAGAACUUCUGGCUCAAAUCCAGCAAGAAAAUGUCAUCCAAAGACGAGAGCUUGAGCUGCAGAUUUCCCUGUCCAAAGAAGAGACCCAGAAGUUGCAUCUGGAAAUACUGACCAAGACUGAACAGCUGGCCACCCUGGAGAGUUGCAGUGCUCAACAAUCUGAAAUGCUACAGGGAGAAAUCCAAAUUCUGAAUUCUCAAAUUCAAAGUCUGGAAAGUGAUCUUGGUAUGGCCAAAGAGCGCAUUCAAGCCCAGGAAGUUUUGCUCAGAGAGCAGGAGCAGCAGGGUGCACACGACAUGCACCUCCUACAGCAGAAACUGUCUGCAUCUGAGGAAGAAAUGAGGUGCAUAAAGAAAGAAAUGAAGGCCAAAGAAGAAAACAUUUCUCAUCUAAAACUGCAGUCCACUGAGCAGACAAGAUCGAUCAGACGUUUAGAGGAACAGGUGCAGUGCCUAUCUUCUUCAUUGAGAACGUCACAGGAGAAUUUGCAAUCGAAGGAGUCGGAAUUUGCCAAACAGCAAGUGGAAAGUGGUCAGAAUAUGGAAACGUUCAGGAAGCAGAUGACAUCCUACCACGACAGGGUGAAGAAGUUAAAUGACGAAAUCAGCUCCAAAGAGAAGCACCUUAAUGUUUUAAAAGAGGAGAAUGCGACGCAAUCUGAAGCACUGCAGCAGGAGGUUUCUUAUCUCAGCCAUGAAAUGAAAACUCAAAGGGAAUCCCUGUUGACUGCCAAAGAAGAAAUUGAAGCAAAGGAGGCCGUAAUGAUUCUUCUCAAAGAACAACUGGAACAUUUGAGUCAGGCCUUCAAGAGUACUGAACAUCAGUUAAAGAUGAAGGAUAACUUGCUUUCUGAAAAAGAGCUUGACAUUUCUCUGGAGAAGCAAAAGUUCCAUAAUCUGGUGAAGACCUCUCAGGAUGAGGUGAAGAGGCUGCAAGACAACAUUCGGUCAAAGGAGGAAGCGCUUCACAGGAUGGAGGCGGCGGGAACCACACAGUCCAACAUGUUAGAAGUUCUGCAAGAGAAUGUCCAAGAAAAAGAGCUCCUGCAGAGUCAGGUUAGCAUGUAUCAAAAGGAGAUUCAGAAGCUGAAGGAGUCUCAAAUGCUCCUCUUGGAGAAACAGGAACUUCUCCAGACAGUGUUGUCUGCUGAGCAGACACUUGGAGUAGAAAAUGAAAAGAAGCUUGUGAACCUGAGUGAGGAUUUUGCUAUCAAGACAAACAUGUAUGAAAAAUUGAAGGCAGAGGUUGAGCUGCUGGAGAAGAUCAAGGCAAGCGAUGACCAGCAAAGGAAUGAGCUUCAGAACCAGCUUUUGGAACUCACUGGCCAAGUUGAAAGCCUUUCCACAAAGUUGCUUUCUAAAGAGCGGCAGUUGGUGCUCUCUCAGAAGGACUCAGCCGAGCAGAAGAAGAAGCUUGACUCCAUGAAUUUGGAGAUGAACCGAUACAAAGAGGCACAAAGUCUUCAGUCAAUACGGGAAGAAGCAGAACGUGAGCUUAAGGAAGCCACCACAAAAGAAAAGGAAAUCCUGGUCAAGGAAAAAGAGUUGCUUGUGUCCCAGUUAGCCAGGAUGGAGAAGGAACAGGACACUCGGAAGGAAGAAGUUGAAGCUCUGCUCUUUGAAAGGGACAAUCUAGUUAAGACUAACCAGACUAUGGAGAUGGCGAACAUGGCCUCUAGAAAGAUGAAAACGGCACUGCAGCAGGAGCUGGAACUACUCAAGAAGGAGAACCAGCAGCUUGUGGAGGAGAGAAAUGAGUGGAAGAAGCAGGUGAAGAAAGAAAUGCAGCAGAUGUUCACCACAAAAAAAGCUGCUGAAAAGGAAUGCAUGCGCUCCAACUCGUCUUCUUGGAUGUUGACCGAGCGAAUCGUAAACUGUGACAACUUGGUCCUGAGUCCUCUGGAGGACUCCCUGAACAGCACCACGAAAAUGGCUGCUCCUGAAGAGUCCAGCACACCGCUUGUUCGCAGCUCAGAACGACUUGCAGCCAAACGACGUGGUAUUGAAGCCGAGUCCUUGGAAAGUCUGUACUUUACCCCCAUUAAAGGCAAACAUGUUGGCAGGACCAAUUUGGACAGCCAGAUGGAUUCUAUCUGUAAAAACCCAACUUCAUCUGUGAAGCGACGUCGUACCACCCAGGUUAUAAACAUCACUAUGACAAAGAAAACUCCUGGAAAGGGAGAGGAGGAUGAGACUUUCUACAGCCUGGCCUCGGCUUGCUCUCAGCAUAACCUCUGCAGUUCCCAAACUGCCAGAGGGGAAUGCUUGGACGAUUUAAACACACCCUCCAAAAUGAGUGGUGCUGCCAGUGACCAGCUCAUCGGUCUCCCUGGGUACAGGAGGAGCGCCAUCCAUGCCAAGUCCUCCAGUACUUUCUGUGUCGGGGAGGAGCCUGAGACGGGACCAGAGGAUUGGAUGAGGAUUGCGGAGCUUCAGGCCAGGAACAAGGCUUGUCUUCCUCAUCUAAAAAGCAGCUACCCGAUAGAGUUUGAGACUCGUGGGCCCAGUGCAUUUGUGUUCACUGACGACGACGUUCGUACUGGUGACCCAUCAGAGACCCUCCAUCGCGCUUCAAUGAUGCCCGGCCAGCUGCAGGACUCUCUGGCCUCGCACCGCCACUCGCUCAUGGUUAGGAAGACCAACACAACCGGUACUCGCUCCCACAGACUGUCUGUGAUGCCAGGCCAGCCGAUGCCCACAACCAUCAGCGCGUCCAGUGUGAAGAGCCCUCGACUGACAAAACGUAGUGCAGCUACACUUCCACUGUCCAAACCGUCGCCUCAGAAACGAGAGAAGGCCAGUCGUUUCCCUCGCCUUCUCACCCCCAGGAACAGGAACGUGAAGACGGGAGGUCCUGCUGCGGCCAUGAGCCCUGCUGACCGGAGGAAGUCAAUGAUGUUCACUAUUGACAACACACCAAAGACAAACAAGCUGCUAAAGAGAAGCCUAAACAAACUACGAAGCUCCCGCAAGGGCCAAGAGAAUACGCUCCCUGCACGGUAGCCCCCCACCCCGCACGUUUUUUUGUCUUCAUGUUUGACUGAUCGAAGUGAGACCUAAAUGACAAGAAGUGGCAAAUGAGUGGUCAUCAUGCUGCCAUCGUGCCCUUCCCUUCUGCAGAUGAUGGAUGAACAAGGCUGUUGUAUGGACGCUUUUUGUCCCUUAUAUCUUAAAUAUAAGGUAUAAAAUACCUUACAUUCUGUAAUUGUUAGAGAGCGUUUUAAGACUUUUCAUAUUUUAGCAAAGGUUUCACAGUGUUUUAAUUGGUCAGUCUCCUUUUAGCAAUUGCAUAUUUAUGUUUUUCUUCUAGUUUUAGGGUGCUAAUUCAGUAGCUGUUCAGCAUAAUUCGGAAUCAUUUUGACUUUCCGACCCAUGUUUUCCUCUUUCCUCUCAUCAUUUGAUUGUUGUCCAUGCUGUUAAUUGACAUAUCAAAUUGCAGCCGGCACAGACCUUCACCAUGAUGCUUCAGUGCCAAGUGUGAUUUACUGAACACUGCUUUUGCUCAAUGCUGACUCCGCAGUCUGAGAGCAUAGCUGUAUUUAAGAGGUGUCCCAUUUCUAAGUCACACAUAGCCCUUAACACUUGCUUUUGAGGGCUAAAGUUAUAUGGGGCUAGACCAAGGACAGCUUAGAUUGGCAUUGGAAAACAAUAUUGACUGAAAAAAAGAAUAUAGGAAUUGAAGAAAAGAAUAUGAAAUAAUGUAUAAAAAUAUAUUAUUUUAAAUUUUAGUACCAUUCUAGUUUUCCACCUCAAUACAGGAAUGCUAUUUUUUUACAUCCAUUUUUUUUUGUCAGUCAGUAUUCUGUUUUUCCAAUUCUUAUAUUCUUUUUUUCAGCCAUUUUUUUUCCAAUGCCAAUGUUCGUCUUUCGAGUUGUCUUGAAGGUGGCACUCUUUUAGUUUUCUGGAAAGUGACCGGUCAAAGGGAAAUAGGAAAGAGACUGAAUGGUCAGAGGAAAUCGAUGAAAAUGAAUUAAUUACAAUGAAUUCAUGAAUAUGGUGAAGACAGAUAGUCCAACUUAAGAUAAGAUUGCCUUGAAGAAGAACCCUUGAAUACUCAUUUCUCGCAUCCUGUUUCACAAUACAUUCUUGCUAAGUCUUGAGCAGGUUAACUAUCACCUUCACACGUUUCAAACUGUAAUUUUGCACCUCAAUAGCGUGCAGACCGAUGAGGGGGCGGAGUUUGCGCUGUGUCCCCAUGUCACUUGCAUAUUGGUGUAACAUUCAGUGUUGGACAGUGUUGGGUGGGAUAAAGGGUGGAAUUGGAAUUCACCCCUUAUGUUGUGCUACUAGACCAAUUUCUCAAAACGUUGCUGAUGAUUACUAAUAUGCUACAUGUCUUGCAUGUACAUAAACAACUUCACAUGUUAAUUCUGAAUUCUUCUUGCCCUUUUCAUUUUUUUUACUGUUUUUUGCGGCAUUCAUACUGUUCAUGUUCAUGGAAACCUGUGUGAUUAAUUUUCUUUCUGCUCUGUCCUUUGUACAAAAUGACUACUUC